AAUGGAUGUGUGAUAUUUGCUUUCGUGAUUGUUGUUAUGAGACGCAACCGCCCCCUCGGGACACAGCGGUGACGUCACCGAGCAUCCGAGCUCCGGCGAGAGCUGAAGCGGGAGGGUCUGAGCUUAGCGUGCGGUCUCAGGUACACACCCCGCGAUCCGCCAUGGCUUCAGGAUUAGGGGGGCAGUGAGACGAAAAAAUAAUAAUCUGUAUACACAUAUAUAUAUUCGAGGACACGUCAAGUGAAUAAAGGUGUGUGUUGUGAAAUUGCACAGAGCGUGGCGGGGCGCGGCCUCCUCCUGGAGCAGGAUCUCGGAUCUCGGCAGUGUUGUGACUCCCCAUCAGCUCUGGGGGAAAGAUGGCGGACCCGGCGGAGUGCACCAUCAAAGUGAUGUGCCGCUUUAGGCCACUAAACAAUUCCGAGGUGGAAAGAGGGGACAAAUAUAUCCCCAAAUUCCAAGGAGAAGACAAUGUGGUGAUCGGGGGAAAGCCGUACAUGUUUGACCGCGUUUUCCAGUCCAACACUACCCAGGAGCAGGUGUACAAAGCCUGCGCUCAGCAGAUUGUUAAAGAUGUACUUGAGGGUUACAAUGGUACAAUAUUUGCCUAUGGACAGACCUCAUCUGGAAAAACACACACUAUGGAGGGUAGUCUGCAUGACCCAGAUGGAAUGGGAAUCAUUCCUCGUAUUGUACAGGACAUAUUUAACUACAUUUACUCCAUGGAUGAAAACCUGGAAUUCCAUAUCAAGGUCUCCUAUUUUGAAAUCUACCUGGAUAAAAUCAGAGACUUGCUGGAUGUGUCCAAGACUAAUCUAUCUGUGCAUGAAGACAAGAACAGGGUCCCAUAUGUCAAGGGUUGCACUGAGCGCUUUGUGUGCAGCCCAGAAGAGGUGAUGGACACCAUUGAUGAGGGAAAAUCCAAUAGACAUGUGGCUGUGACAAACAUGAAUGAGCACAGCUCUAGGAGUCACAGUAUCUUCCUGAUUAAUGUGAAGCAGGAAAACACACAGACAGAGCAAAAGCUGAGUGGGAAGCUGUAUCUGGUCGAUCUGGCUGGCAGUGAGAAGGUCAGUAAAACUGGAGCAGAAGGAGCUGUGUUGGAUGAAGCCAAAAACAUUAACAAGUCCCUCUCUUCACUGGGAAAUGUCAUUUCUGCACUGGCUGAAGGAUCGACGUAUGUUCCGUAUAGAGACAGUAAGAUGACUAGGAUUCUUCAGGACUCUCUGGGUGGCAACUGCAGGACUACCAUCGUCAUCUGCUGCUCUCCCUCCUCUUUUAAUGAGGCUGAGACCAAAUCUACACUCAUGUUUGGACAGAGGGCAAAGACCAUUAAGAACACAGUGACUGUGAAUGUGGAGUUGACGGCGGAACAGUGGAAGAAAAAAUAUGAGAAGGAGAAAGAAAAGAACAAGACGCUCCGCAACACCAUCACCUGGCUGGAAAAUGAGCUCAACCGCUGGAGGAAUGGCGAGACUGUGCCGAUUGAUGAGCAAUAUGAUAAAGAGAAGGCUAAUGCUGAGGUAUUGGCUCUGGAUAACACUAUGAAUAACGACAAGAUAGCUUCCACUCCUAACAUCCCUGGAGUGCGUUUGACGGACACUGAGAGAGAGAAGUGUGAGGCUGAGCUGGCCAAACUUUACAAGCAGCUCGAUGAUAAGGAUGAUGAGAUAAAUCAGCAGUCUCAGCUGGCUGAGAAGCUCAAGCAGCAGAUGUUGGACCAGGAAGAGCUUCUGGCUUCAUCACGGAGAGACCACGAUAACCUGCAGGCAGAGCUGAUGCGUCUGCAGAUGGAGAACGAAGCGUCUAAGGAGGAGGUGAAGGAGGUGCUGCAGGCACUGGAGGAACUUGCCGUCAACUAUGAUCAGAAAAGCCAGGAGGUGGAGGAUAAGACCAAGGAGUUUGAGACCAUCAGUGAGGAACUCAACCAGAAAUCGAGUGUUUUAGCCUCUUUAGACUCUGAGCUGCAGAAACUGAAGGAGAUGACCAACCACCAGAAGAAGAGGGUGACUGAGAUGAUGUCGUCACUGCUUAAAGACCUGGCAGAGAUCGGCAUUGCUGUGGGCAGCAAUGACAUCAAGCAUGAGGGCAGUGGGAUGAUUGAUGAGGAGUUUACUGUGGCCAGGCUUUACAUCAGUAAGAUGAAGUCAGAGGUUAAGACCCUGGUGAAGCGCAGCAAGCAGCUGGAGGCAGCACAGGCCGACAGCAACAAGAAGAUGGACGAGAACGAGAAGGAACUGGCUGCAUGCCAGCUCCGCAUCUCUCAGCAUGAGGCUAAAAUUAAGUCUCUAACGGAGUACCUUCAGAAUGUGGAACAGAAAAAGAGGCAGCUGGAGGAAAAUGUCGACUCGCUCAAUGAGGAACUUGUCAAAAUCAGCGCACAGGAGAAAGUUCAUGCUAUGGAGAAAGAGAAUGAGAUUCAGACAGCCAAUGAGGUCAAGGCUGCGGUGGAGCAGCAGAUCCAGAACCACAGGGAGGCUCAUCAGAAGCAGCUCAGCAGCCUGAGAGAUGAACUCGAGAUUAAGGAGAAACUCAUUACUGAACUGCAGGAUACGAACCAGAAGAUCAUGUUGGAACAGGAGCGUCUCCGGGUGGAACACGAGAAGCUCAAAUCUAUGGACCAGGAGAAGAGCCGCAAGCUGCAUGAGCUAACGGUUAUGCAGGACAGAAGGGAGCAGGCCAGACAAGACCUCAAGGGCCUGGAGGAGACAGUUGCUAAAGAGCUGCAGACUCUCCAUAACCUGCGGAAAUUAUUUGUGCAGGACUUGGCAACCCGAGUUAAGAAGAGCGCUGAGAUGGAUUCAGAUGACACUGGUGGCAGUGCAGCUCAGAAACAGAAGAUCUCCUUCCUGGAGAACAAUCUAGAACAGCUCACUAAAGUCCAUAAGCAGCUGGUGCGUGAUAAUGCAGAUCUGCGCUGUGAGCUGCCUAAGCUGGAGAAGCGUCUGCGUGCGACUGCUGAGCGUGUGAAGGCUCUGGAGUCCGCACUGAAGGAGGCCAAAGAGAACGCAGCACGCGACCGCAAACGCUAUCAGCAGGAGGUGGACCGCAUUAAAGAGGCCGUCAGAGCCAAGAACAUGGCUCGCAGAGGACACUCAGCACAGAUCGCCAAACCCAUCAGACCAGGCCAGCCACCUGUGGCUUCUCCCACCCAUCCCAACGUCAUCCGCCCUGGGGUGGGGCUCUUCAAUAACCAGCCAGUGGUCAUCCGGGGAGGAGGCGGCCCCAAACAGUAAAAACGAUUUGAAGUCUGCAAGUCUAGAUGAAGUCAGAAGAACUGAGCUGGCCUUCCAACACUGGACAGUUCAACAGGCCUAACACUUUAAACUAUAUAUAUUUGAAUAUAAGUAUAUAUAUGUAUGAAAUAUUCCUACAUUGGCUGUACAGUUGUCCUCUCUGGUCAUAUGUUUAGAGGUUCCAUUGCCCUGUUUAAACACACCAAAAAAAGAAAGAAAGAAAUAGGACAAAAAUGAGUGCAAUCACUGCUCUGUAAGUAGCUUGUAGCUUCACUCUUAAAUGCAUUAGAUUUUUAGCCCUCACUGUGCCAAGCGGAAUGUAUCAUCAAAAAUGACAAAGAUUUAAAAAAAACAAACAAAAAAAAAAAAAGGCAGGAAUGAAUGGAAAAUUAACUUCCAAAAAAGGGUAAAAAGAAACCCAGCAACUGCAUCCUCCUAGCUUAUUCAUGUAUGCAUCAUGCUACUUGUUUUUAAUUGUUUUGGAGAGAGUGACUUUGUUCUUUCUUGCUUCCACUGAGCAGUUUCCAAUAAACUAAUUCACUUGAAUGGAUAAGUUAAACACUACAGUCAGACUACGUGAACACAGCCUGUUUUUGUGCACUGGGAUAAGUUCUUGGGGCCUUAGCAUGGUAAUAUUUUAUAAAAAGGAAUAAAGAAAGUGGAACAAAAAUGAAGGUUUUAAGAGAACACAAAGCUGCUGAUUGUAGACACUCCACAUGUUACUUUAAAGCACUGUACAAAAACAUAGUGGUAAAUGUGCAUCAUUACUGAUGAUAGUGAUAUCAGCAUUACAAAAUGUGUGUAAAAGCUCAGUCUCUGUGUAAAUGGAAGGUCACCUGUCAUGUUAUAGAUAUUGCUGUUUUUAUAAUUGAUGGCUUUAACAUUGAUGGAUUUAACAAUCACUACUCAUCAGUUGAACCUAUUGAUUGGGAGUACUGCCUUAUAGCCUUUCAUUAGUUCAGCCUGUGAUCUCAUAUAAUGUGGAUAUGUGAAGAAAUGCAGUAGCAUUUUAACUAAUAGAUUUAGACAUUUUACCUCUGAUGGGCUUUGAAUUGAAUUCCCCAAUAAGGAAGUGGUGUUGGGCUAUUUUAAUCUCUCCUUUUAGUAAGUGAUCAUGUUCAUUACACCCAUAUUAAGCAAUAUAGAGAAUGUUGGCUUCGUGGUCUUACUUAGCUUAAAAGCAGCUGUUCUCUGUAUCUUGGUACGGAUGUGACACCUGCAGAAAUGGGCAGAAUUGAUGCUAAAUAACUACUCCCUGUUUGUUCAUCUCUAAACAAGCCUGUGCCAUGUUUGAAAUAAUAUUCAACCAUGACCAUUUUGCAAAUACUUCAUCGACGACCCUGGCCAGUCGAUAUUCUUUGCAGAUUAUCACAGUCACUGAGCAUCCGUGGUCACGGAUUGUGAUAAAUCUGCCUUUGCAGAUUGUAUGGACUAAAUGCUUUCAUAAAUCUGGCUCUAAGCUUCGAUCAUGCUUUAGCUCAUGAGUAUUUAUUGUGAUUAAAUGUAGCCAUUGUGUUUGGCUUGCACAUUUAAUAAAAUCAAAAUCAGUUAAAUGUUUCAUACCCACCACUGUUUUAAGAGUUUUGUUGCCUUUGUGAUUGCAGUUAGAAAUCUAGGUUUGAUCAUUAUCUUUUGAUAACUUUUCUCUUGUCCAGUUCUAAGACUCAGCAUGACAUUGCAGCGUUUUAUGGCCUAGCUGAAUUUACAAUAGGGUCUAUUUAAUAGUUAUUUACCACGUUUUCAUUGUAUUUGCAGGUGGAUGUUUUAUUUAUUGAUGUUUUAAUAUAGACAUGGGAAUUUUUGUUGUUUCUUUUUUUCUUUUUUUCUUUUUUUUUUUUUUUUACUUACAUGUUUUAUUUUCUCUUGGCUUCCACUGUCAGGCUUCCUUUCUGAUGACAUAUUCACCAACAUCUUAGUGCUCCUUUGUAAAUUUUGGUUGCUAUAGCAAGCAGGGUGAUGGCUGAAUAACUGAUAGAAAUGAAUUUAUUUGUGCAAUAUGGAUCAGGCAUAAUUAAUUUUACAGAAUAUUGAUGUAAGUGAUACAUUAAGGAUAACUUAGACAAACAUGACUGGCCUGGUUUUGUUCCAUUUCCCUCUGUACUUUUUGAAAGCACUUUAAAUGUUCCAUCUCAGUUGAACGCCUCACUUAUUGUAAUCCGAGUUAAAGCGUCUCAUGUCAAAUUGAUUAGACUAGAUUUUUUUUCUUUGCUGAGUUUUGUAAUUGUUAUUUUUGAACAGUUUUGCUUACAGAGACCAUUUUGUCUUGAAUCUGCAUUGUAGUUUAAAUGAUAAUAACAAUACCUGUGAUGAUGGAGAGGGAUCUUGGUGUGUAUACACUCAGCUCUCUGAGUUGUGCAGAGUCAUAAACUGGACUGAACUGUAUAUUUCUUCUGAAUGCUUACUGUAGGGCAGGUUUUCACCCCUUGACAUGAAAUAAAAUUAAAAUUAAUGGCAUAAAA